GCAGUGUGCUCUCUCUACAAGCCUUGAAGUAUCUUCUAUUCUGUUUCCCACCAACCAAUUUCACUGCUCCCUACUCCCGACCACUGCCGCACUGCCGCCCUCUCUCGUCCUCUUCCACGAAAACACGUCGGAGAGAGAAUACCUUACCUUCCAGUACAUUGAUUACAUUAUCCAGCACGUCCCGUCUGCACUCAUUGACUCCACACUCCCCUUUCACUCCAGUAUUAACUUACCUACAAUCUACUACACUCGACCACACUACACCACUCUGCACCAGAAGACGGGAGCCUCCAUCCCUCGCGUAUCCUUUUUUCCCCCAUAAUCUUGCCCAAUUCUACCCCCCUACACACGACCAGAAGCAGAGCUUUUCCUCCUGCAGGAACGGCAACCAGUGCGUCAUCCUGGCUGCCCCACGUUUACCUCGAUUAUUGUUCCGCUCCGCAAUACCCCUCGCUGCCAUAUCGCCCCGGCCUUUAUUAUCUGCCACCAUGCCACCCAAGGACCGUCUGCACCAGCUCAACAGACAUCUGACUUACUCUCCCUCCUACGACAUUCCCCUCAACACCCCCUUCUCCAUUGCUGCCAAGCUCGUCGACGACUUUCCCUCUCCCACCUCUACCGCCUCUGGAGAGACCUUCCACACACCCGAUCAACGACGAGACCUGUCCACCUCGGCCGUAUCGCUGCAAGAAGAAGGCAAACGAUCAAAGCCCGCUGCUACAACAAUGUCCAACCAAGCUCCCCACCCCGCCCUCCUGAUCCCCGGGCCCAUCGAGUUCGACGAUGCUGUCCUCCAGUCCAUGUCGCAUUACUCCGAGUCCCACGUCGGCCAGCCCUUCGUUAACACCUUUGGAGAUGUUCUCGCCAUGCUGCGCAAGCUCUUCAUCACCACCGACCCCAACUCGCAACCCUUUGUCAUCUCCGGCUCAGGCACCCUCGGCUGGGACCAGAUCGCCGCCAAUUUGACUGAGCCCGGCGAUGACGCUCUCGUCCUCCACACGGGCUACUUUGCCGACAGCUUCGCCGAUUGCUUCGAGACAUACGGUGUCAAGGCCACACAGCUCAAGGCACCCAUCGGUGACCGCCCUCAACUCGACGAGAUUGAAAAGGCGUUGAAGGAGAAAAAGUACAAAGUCAUCACCGUCACACACACCGACACCUCCACUGGUGUCCUCUCCGAGAUUGAGCCUCUCUCCAAACUUGUCAAAAAGGUCUCUCCCGACACCCUCCUCAUCGUCGACGGAGUCUGCUCGGUAGGCUGCGAAGAAAUCCGCUUUGACGAAUGGGGCAUCGACGCCGUCAUCACCGCCUCUCAAAAAGCCAUUGGAUGUCCCGCCGGUCUGUCCAUUGUCAUGGCAUCCGGCCGUGCCAUUGAGUCGUUCAAAUCCCGCAAAACGCGCCCCAACUCCUACUUUGGAUCCUGGCAAAACUGGCUUCCGAUUAUGCAAAACUACGAGGCCAAGAAACCUUCAUACUUUGCCACUCCUUCCCCACAACUCAUCCACGCCCUGCACACUUCUCUGACCCAAAUCCUGUCCCGUCCUCUCGAAGACCGUUUCCGCAUCCACAAGGAAGUCAGUCAAAAGAUUAAGCAGGCCGUGACGGACAUGGGUCUGAAGCAAUUGGCCUCGAAGCCCGAGAACCAAGCCAAUGGCAUGACGGCCAUAUAUCUGCCCAAUGACCUGAAGCCUCCCGAGGUCUUGCCCAGCUUGAUGAAGAAGGGCGUCAUCUUCGCCGGUGGUCUCCACAAGGAGAUUGCCACCAAGUACAUUCGCUUUGGACAUAUGGGUGUCAGUGUCAUGGACCCCCAGAGGGAUGAUAUUGAUCGGGCAUUGAAGGGUUUGAAGGAAGGUUUGGCCGAGGCGGGCUAUAAGGUGUAGGAGUAGAGUCAGUAGUAUAUCAUGUCGGAAUUGGAGUGAUCAAAAAAUGUAUACACGAACCAUCAUAUUAUACCUCUUACAUGGUCUCUGUAGAAAUGACGUGUAACAACGAAUUGACAAGAGGAAAGAAAGAAAA